GCAUUCAUUUGUUUUAACUCGAUUGCUUUAGAACUCCUCUCCACAAUAGGAUUUAGGGAGCACUCAUUUGUUGACUUUGACUCUCUUUGAAAUUCAUAAUAAGGAAGCUUCCGAGUAGAUAAAACUCAAAAAAAAAAAAAAAAGACUUCACUUCCCCAAAAUACCCUCGUUGACUUCGUAGAAGAGAUGACUAAAUAAGUAGAAACCGCAAGGGUGUUUUCGUAACUGAGAAUAACCCGCCGCGUGGAUUCGGCGGUUAUAACUUCUAAUCAUUCUGAUUCUCGUGGUCGAAAACAAAAAAAAACUCUAACUUUUGAUCUCUCUCUGUCUCUCUCUGUCUUCAUCUUCUGUAAAGAAACAACAGAACCAAAUUAAACCUUUGUCUGAAAGAAGCAAUGGGAGAAUGUAGACCUCUGGGUUUCUUACUAGGAUUACCGUUUGCUCUUGUCGCCCUCGUUCUCUCCCUCCUCGGUGCUGUCAUCUGGAUCAUUGGGACGAUAUUGAGUUGUUUGUGCCCAUGUUGCUUCUGUUUCGCUGCGCUGGCCAACUUCGCUGUUGAUCUCAUCAAACUUCCUAUCAAUGUCCUCCGUUGGUUCACCCACUCCAUUCCUUGUUAACUUUAAUUACUUGUUUUAAUCUUCCUUCUUAUUUCUUUCAUCUUCUUAUUAAUUAUUUGUUAACAUUCCUUCUUGCCAUUGAUUUAUGUGUAAUUUUCUCCUUCUUCUU